AUGAGAGCAUUGACGAAGUAUGCUCCCAGACACGCUUCGUCAUUACGUGACUGGAAACACAUCUCCAACUUGACCUUAGCGGAUGACGAUCCGACUGGAUCAACUCCUAUUGACCUCAUUAUUGGAGCUGAUUUGUAUAGCAAGGUUCUUGUCAAUAUACGCAAUGGACCCAUAGGUCAACCAGACGCUAUACAAUCGCAUUUCGGGUGGAUUCUAUCUGGACCUACGUCAAUCCCUAAUCAUGUCAUACAAAACACCCAUGUAGUCGGCUCUACUUUGGUUUCAUCGCAUGUCGGAGCCCAACCUCAAGGCUCACCAUUACCCAGUUCACAACAAAGGUAUCAUGCAGUUGCUCACUGCUGCUCCUUGGAACGGCAAUUAUCUCAUAGAGUAGCCGAAAUUCAGACACGAUUACCAACCGGUAGUUGGCAUCACGUAAACACCAGUGAAAACCCCGCAGACUGUGCUUCGCGCGGAUUACUCGGCCGAGAUUUGAUAUCCAUCAACCUAUGGUGGCAUGGGCCGUCAUGGUUGCAUCUUCAUUCUGAUGAGUGGCCUCAUCAAAUUCUAUCAGAGCACCACGAAACUCAGUUGGAACUGAAGGCAUGUGAAGCUCAUCAAAACAGUACUCGUGAAGACUGGAGUCUUGCUGCACGGUAUUCAUGGUGGCCAAAAUUGAUACGCGUCACUGCAUAUAUAUACCGAUUCAUAAACAAAUGUCAACGGAAGCACGCGGCAGAUCACAAAGAUCACGUCCGGUCCCACGCCAUUACAGCAUUUGAGUACAUGCAGUCUCGUAACUUUUGGUUGCAUAUGAUUCAAGCAGAGGUGUUCAAGCAAGAACUUUACUUACUCAAGUCAAACAAGAGGUUAUCAAGAAACAGCGCUCUGAUAUCAUUAAAUCCAUUCCUAGACGCAAAUGGUCUACUCCGCGUUGGCGGAAGAUUGGAGCAUUCUCAUCUACCAUUUCAAUCCAAACAUCCAGUUCUACUAGCUGAUCAUCCAAUUACUACAAUGCUCAUUCGCUACACGCACAUAGCCUCGCUGCACGCCGGUCUUCAGUCUACCCUGUCUAAAAUUCGCCAAGAAUUUUGGAUUAUAAAAUCUAGGCCUUUAGUUAAAUCAGUUAUCUACAGGUGCGUUCGAUGCACGCGAGAAAGAGCUCAGGUAGCCAAUCAGUUAAUGGGUCAACUCCCAUCAACUCGAGUCUCAACGCCAACGAGGGCGUUUUUGCACAGCGGCAUCGAUUAUGCCGGUCCAGUGCUCAUUCGAGCCUCUGCUGGUCGAGGAAUCACCUCACGAAAGGCUUACAUAGCCGUUUUCAUAUGUUUGGCAACUCGAGCCAUUCAUCUCGAGUUGGUCAGCGAUUAUUCAACGCCAGCAUUUUUGAACGCAUUUCAACGAUUUUGCGCCAGACGAGGCUUGCCAGCAGUUAUGUAUUCGGAUAACGGUACAACAUUCACAGGAGCCGAUAAAGAGCUAUCCCGCGCGUAUCGGGAUGCUCAACGCAAUACGGAUUUUCUCAAUUUAAUCGCAACAGAUAGGAUCACUUGGAGUUUCAUCCCGCCUCAUGCUCCUCAUUUUGGAGGACUAUGGGAGGCAGGAGUGAAGAGUGUCAAACACCACCUUCGUCGAAUUGUAAGCUCACACGCAUUGACAUUUGAGGAGUUCACGACAGUGUUGUGCAAAAUUGAGGCUAUCCUCAACUCAAGGCCGCUUUCUCCACUCAAUGAUACUCCAGAUGACUACGAGUUCCUGACCCCAGGUCACCUUUUGAUUGGGACUGCCAUUACUACGAAUCCGGAACCUUCCGUUCUACAAUUGAACGAAAACAGAUUGUCGCGAUGGCAAUUACUCAGACAGAUUACGGAGCAGACGGAGGAGAUUGAAGCGACCUUUAGGACGAUACGUUUGGGCUCAACGACUUCCAUGCCGGAAGAUGUUAGCAAUAUUAGACAAAUACAAAAGAAAAGAAAGAAAUCAAAUGAAGAAUACAAAAACGAACAAACUAAAUGGGCCGUACUAGAAAAUAAGCUUAAUGAAGAAAUUAUUGAAAAAGAAAAAUGGAAGUCAAUAUUUCAAGGUAGCAGAAUAAAAAGUACUUACGCUGAGGUAACCUCGACGAAAAGCUCCGGAAGGCAAUAUGAUGUUGAACCUAAAACAGAGAGAAUAAACAGUAACAAAAGACAUGAAGCUAUAAUAAUUAAACCUGAAAAAGAAACUAACGACGAUAGAACAAAUGAAGAUAUUAGGACACAAGUAAUAGAUGAAUUAAAAGGGAUCAAAAACAAAUUGAAAGUUAAAGGAAUCAGAAACAUCAAGAAUAAGGCAGUAGUAGUUGAAACCAAGAAAAUCAACGGAAGACGCAAUAAGUCACCUAAUAAGAAGCUGUAA